UCUCGUCUUUUAUCACUCUCUUCUCUCUCUCUAAACCAUACAUUCUCUCUCUAUAUCUCUCUCUCUCUCUCAUGGCCGCUUGUCGCCGGAAACCUCCAAAAUAAUAACAACACAUACAUUUCUCAGUUCUUAUUUCCCACUUCUCAUUUCUCACAAUGUCUCCGUUCACAACAAUAUUUCUCUUUUCCAUUUUUACCCUUCACCACCACCGAGUCACAUCCGAUCUGACUCAGGAAAAGCAAGCGCUUCAAACCUUCAUCUCGAAGCUUCCACACGACUCUCGCUACUCAUGGAACCCAUCGGACUCCGUUUGCAACUGGCGCGGCGUCACCUGCGACGCCACCAACUCCUCUGUCAUCUACCUCCGUCUCCCUGGAGCCAGGCUCGUCGGAGAAAUCCCGCCGAAGACAAUCGGAACGCUGACGAAACUCCGUGUACUCUCUCUCAGAUCCAAUGGCCUCUCCGGUAACAUUCCUGAUGAUUUGGCGAAUCUCGGUAAUAUUCGGAGUGUUUAUUUGCAGAAUAAUAAGUUUUCCGGUGAGUUUCCGGCGAGUGUGACGAACAUGAGUGGCGUAGAGCGGUUAGAUCUUUCAGGUAAUGAGUUUUCCGGUCAGAUUCCGUUUUCUGUUAACAAUUUGAAACGGUUAAGUGAACUUAGGUUAGAGAACAACAGUUUUUCCGGUCAGCUUCCGAGUAUAAACCUAGCGAGUUUAUCCGAUUUAAACCUAGCGAAUAAUAAACUCAACGGUUCAAUUCCGAAAUCGUUAGCUAGAUUUCCGGAAUCUGCAUUCUCCGGUAACAUAAAUCUGUGUGGAAAUCCUCUUCCGCCGUGUAACAAUACAUUUUUUCCGUCUCCGGCGCCGUCUCCGUCGUCGAUUUCAUCGCCUCCAGUCGGAAAAAAGUCUAAAAAGCUCUCAACCGGAGCAAUCGUCGCUAUAGCAGUCGGAUCUGCGUUAAUCCUCGCUCUACUGUUACUAAUCCUGUUACUAUGCCUACGAAAAAAACGUAAUCAACAAGCGAAACAGCCUCCAAAACCACCAGUGCAAACUCCAGCAGCCGGAGGAGCAACCAGAGCGGUUACAGAAGCCGGAACGUCGUCAUCGAAGGAUGACGUCACCGGAGCGUCAGCAGAAGGUGAGAGAAACAAGCUAGUGUUCUUCGACGGAGGAAUAUACAGCUUCGAUUUGGAGGAUUUGUUGCGAGCAUCUGCGGAGGUGUUAGGUAAGGGUAGCGUAGGGACGUCGUACAAGGCGGUGCUGGAGGAAGGUACGACGGUGGUGGUGAAGCGGUUGAAAGAUGUGGUGGUGACGAAGAAGGAGUUUGAGGCACAGAUGGAGAUUUUGGGGAAGAUGAAGAACGAAAAUGUGGUUCCGUUAAGAGCUUUUUAUUAUUCAAAGGAUGAGAAAUUGCUUGUUUCUGAUUUCAUGCCUGCUGGUAGCUUAUCUGCUCUUCUUCAUGGAAGUAGAGGUUCGGGUCGAACGCCGCUCGAUUGGGACCAUCGGAUGAGGAUCGCGUUGAAUGCCGCGAGAGGGAUCGCCUACUUACAUGUAGCCGGAAAAGUGGUUCACGGCAAUAUCAAAUCAUCCAACAUCCUCCUUCGACAGGACACCGGUAGAGAUGCUGCCGUGUCAGACUUUGGGCUCAACACGCUCUUUAGCGGGUCAAGCUCGCCAAACAAUCGGGUCACGGGCUACCGGGCCCCGGAAAUACUCGAGACCCGAAAAGUAACAUUCAAAUCCGACGUGUAUAGCUUUGGGGUUUUGCUAUUGGAGCUUUUAACCGGCAAAGCUCCAAACCAAGCCUCGUUGGGCGAGGAAGGGAUCGACUUGCCGCGGUGGGUGCAGUCGGUUGUGCGCGAAGAAUGGACCGCUGAGGUUUUUGAUGUGGAGUUAAUGAGGUAUCAAAAUAUUGAAGAGGAGAUGGUUCAAUUGUUACAAAUAGCAAUGGCGUGUGUAUCGACUGUGCCAGAUCAGCGACCAUCGAUGCAGGAGGUGGUGAGGAUGAUGGAGGAUAUGAAUCGGGCUGAAACGGAUGACGGGUUGAGACAGUCGUCGGAUGACCCGUCAAAGGGAUCCGACGGUCAGACACCUCCAACCGAGACCCGAAACUCACCCGCAACUGUCACGCCGUAGACCUCUCGAAUAAUCGGCAUGAAAAUAGAGUAGAGAAUUAAUUUUUGGAAAAAUAUUCCCCUUUUUUUUUCUUUUUGGUGAUUUUAUGUUGAUUUUGAUAUGUGAAAUUGAUUUUUAUGAGUCGGGUCAAGUCGGGUUCCAUAGGAGUUGAUUGGAAAAUAGUUGUUUAUGUGUUAUUCUUUGGUAAAUCUCAAGAAAAAGAACCAACAUUCUUGCAGAUGGUCAUGUGUAUGUCUUUUUCUUUAUUUUUUAUUUUUUUU